AUGUCUGGCUGGAGGCUAUUCAUAGUUCUCGUUGUGUUGCUUAACGUCGCGUUUGGUGUUAGGAUCAACUUCACCAGUUGCCACAAUACGGAAUGGUCUUGUGUGAACAGUGCACCAAAUGAGAUCAUUUACACUUGUUCGGCGGUUAGAAGCAAUGACUUCAUCAUCCACCUUAAGGAUUAUUAUACGGAUAAUAUCGUCAGUGUGACGGUACAAAAUUGUCGCGACUUAAGGGUGGUACUGGACUGUCCCCUAUUGCAAAGGUCCUCUCGGUUGCAGAAAUUUAAAGUCAAAGAUUGCGACCGACUUGAAUUCAUAUCGCUUUCCGCGACGUCCUUAUUGCAGACACCGCCCGAAGUUGUAAUUGAAAAUGUGAGGGAAGUUGUGGCACUGCCCAGAAAUACAUUUAAAUCGCCCUCGACUAGUACUGAGCUCAAAUGUCUAGGAUCGACAUCUAUGAACAAGUUAAGAAUUGUAAAUAGCAAAAUAAAUUCUAUCAACACGAAAGCUAUUUUUAAUGUUAGUGGGAUCAAAAACGUUGAAUUUGAAAAUGUUACUAUCACUGAUAUUUAUACGCAAGGUAUUGAAGCGAUCAUGAGCAGCGACAAUUCUGUAUUUACAAUGAUAAACAGCAAAAUUGCCAAUUUAGAGUUUAAAGGAAUCAUUAUUCAAGCUUCAACUGUCAGAUUAUCUUAUAAUGUUUUUAACACCAUAAGAGCGAAUGGGAUAAACGUUACAGCUGAUAGUGUAUACAUCGCGGGAAAUACCUUUAAAGAAAUAAAUGCAAAUGGCAUAAUUAUAAAUUCUCUAAACAUCGAUAUAAUAAACAAUAACAUUGAAUUCCUUAAAAGUAACGCAUUAGAAAGCAUCAAGUGUUUGAAAAGAAGAUCGAGCAAGAAACAAAUAAAUUUCUCAAGAAAUAACAUACAUAGUGUAGAACCGUAUUCUCUAUUUUUUGACUAUUCAAGUUGUAAAAACGCGGGCACUCAAAUUAUAUUUCGUGAAAACAAAAUAGACUGUAAAUGUCGAAACAUUGCAUUUUUAAAUUCGCCGUCUACCGGAUGCAACAGUGAAUUGAACGGAUUGAUUUUGAAUAUAGCCAAUAACAAUACAUGCUUUUUGGCUCCUUGUAUUUUGCCCAUUGAAAUUGUUAAACUGCUACAAGAGAGCGAUAUGUGUCAUUUAAACCUUGACCCCCAAGUUAUGUGCUUACUGUAUUAUGAUAAGAAUUCUAAUAAUACGAAUAUCGAAGUGACUACAGACGAAGAUGUCACGGAGCCGGCUCCUACGUUCUAUUUGAUAAGGCAGGCUAACUACGGGUCCGGCGGCGCUAGUGCUGCUAUGACGGCUAUCGAUAAGGAUGAUCUCUUACGGGAUAGCCACUUGAAUAUGACGAACAGAACAACUGUUAAAGUCGUGUUCGAUUCUUCUAAAGACUUUGUAGAAACGCUCAGAAGUACGGGCAGAUCGCAGAGCAGACAAGAGGAGAACAAAUCGCCACCGAGAGAAGACUACAUAAAUCGUUGUGUCGGCAGCCAUUGUAGAAAUAACGUCGCGUACGACAAACAGAAGGCGUUAGACUUUUAUAAAUAUGUAUACGCUCAAUUGCGAACGCCGCGUCAGAAUGACAAGAAAAAUUAAACUUGCUUGACAUUAUCGUUGUUUUAAAUAAAACCGUUUACCUAUUUUGUUGACUUUAUUGCCCCCAAACAUAGUAUCUAGCUAUAAUUCGUAAACACCGCUUUUACUAUCAACGAUGAACCAUAUUUAUAUUUGUGUGCUUCGUGAUACUUAUUAUAUGUUUGGCUUCUGGUUUUACUUUUAUUUUUAUUUCAUUGAGGGCGUUUUUUUUGUAUCCACAACAUCUCUCUCAUUAUUAAUAUAAUAAUUGUUUUUUUGAAAGAUUGCAACUACUUUUAUUACUUAGUGAGCUUUUGCUCAACCAAAACUAUAUUUUAAAACUCGUGUAAGAAAAUACAGUCUAAAUCAUAUUCGUAGCGUAUCAGUAGAUAUGUUGUACUUUAUAUUCGUUAUUGUAAUAUUAUAAGGAAUAUGCCUAGCGCAAGAUUAUAGGUCCGUUCGUAUUGAGUGAAUA